AGCACCGGCAUGGACGAGUCCAGCAUCCUGCGGCGCCGGGGCCUGCAGAAGGAGCUGAGCCUGCCGCGCCGAGGAAGAGCCUGCCGGAGCAGCAACAGGAAGAGCUUGGUGGUGGGGACCCCGUCGCCGACCCUCUCACGUCCUCUCUCCCCUCUCUCCGUGCCUACAGCCGGCAGCAGCCCCCUGGACAGCCCGCGCAAUUUCUCCACCAGCUCCUCUGUCAACUUCCCCUUCGCUCGCAGCCAUGCUCCUCGGACUGACAGGGCUGAUGGCAGAAGGUGGUCACUGGCUUCGCUACCCUCGUCUGGCUAUGGGACUAACACCCCCAGCUCCACUGUCUCGUCGUCUUCGUCCUCCCAGGAGCGUCUGCACCAGCUGCCGUACCAGCCCACCGCCGAUGAGCUGCAUUUCCUCUCGAAGCAUUUCCGCAGCACGGAGAGCGUCACGGACGAAGAGGGGCGGCACUCGCCCUGCCUGCGCCCACGAUCCCGGAGCCUGAGCCCCGGCCGAACGAGCGGCACGUUCGAUAACGAGGUUGUGAUGAUGAACCAUGUCUACAAGGAGCGUUUCCCCAAGGCCACGGCCCAGAUGGAGGAGCGUCUGCAGGACACUAUUAGGAACUUCUCCCCCAGCAGCAUCCUGCCGCUGGCAGAUGGGGUGCUGGGCUUCAUUCACCACCAGAUCAUCGAGCUGGCCCGUGACUGCCUGGCGAAGUCCCAGGGGGCUCUCAUCACCUCCCGCUACUUCAUGGAGCUGCAGGAGAAACUCGAGAAGAUGCUCAGAGACGCUCAGGAGCGUUCCGAGAGCGAGGAAGUGAAGUUUAUUGACCAGCUAGUGAGGAAGCUGCUGAUAAUAAUCUCCCGGCCUGCCCGUCUUCUGGAGUGCCUGGAGUUUGAUCCUGAGGAAUUCUAUCAUCUCCUGGAAGCUGCAGAGGGGCAUGCUAAAGUCGGCCAGGGAAUAAAGACGGACAUUCCCCGAUACAUCAUCAGCCAGCUGGGACUAGUCAAGGACCCGCUGGAAGAAAUGGUGCAGCUGGAUCACUUUGACAGCGGGAACACCAUCACACCGGAGAACGAUGAUGCCUGCGAGAGCCAGCCUUCAGCCCCGGCUCCGCGGAGGAAACCCUGCGAGGGGGAUUUCGAGACCAUCAAGCUCAUCAGCAACGGGGCCUACGGGGCCGUGUACCUGGUGAGGCACAGAGAGACGCGGCAACGAUUUGCCUUGAAGAAAAUUAACAAGCAGAACCUCAUCCUAAGGAACCAGAUCCAGCAGGUGUUUGUGGAGAGGGACAUCCUGACCUUUGCAGAGAACCCUUUUGUGGUCAGCAUGUUCUGCUCCUUCGAGACGAAGCGGCACCUCUGCAUGGUCAUGGAGUACGUGGAAGGGGGGGACUGUGCCACGCUGCUGAAGAACAUGGGCCCGCUGCCAGUGGACAUGGCAAAGAUGUACUUCGCGGAGACGGUGCUUGCCCUGGAAUAUCUGCACAACUAUGGCAUCGUGCACAGGGACCUCAAACCUGACAAUUUGCUGAUCACCUCCAUGGGCCACAUAAAACUGACGGAUUUUGGUCUGUCAAAGAUUGGCCUGAUGAAUAUGACCACGAACCUGUAUGAAGGGCACAUAGAGAAGGACACUCGGGAGUUCAUGGACAAGCAGGUGUGUGGCACUCCGGAGUACAUCGCGCCAGAAGUCAUCCUCAUCCAGGGCUAUGGGAAGCCUGUUGACUGGUGGGCGAUGGGCAUCAUCCUGUACGAGUUCCUGGUGGGCUGCGUCCCCUUCUUUGGAGACACUCCUGAGGAGCUCUUCGGGCAGGUGAUCAGCGAUGAAAUCAUCUGGCCUGAAGGAGAUGAGGCUCUUCCUGCUGACGCUCAGGACUUGAUCACACGAUUGCUGCGGCAGUGCCCGCUCGAGCGCCUGGGCACCGGCGGUGCCCACGAGGUGAAGCACCAUUCCUUCUUCCUGCACCUGGACUGGAACGGGCUGCUCCGGCAGAAGGCAGAAUUCAUCCCCCAGCUCGAGUCAGAGGAUGACACCAGCUACUUUGACACCCGCUCCGAGAGGUACCGCCACUUGGAUUCAGAGGAUGAAGAAACCAACGAUGAGGAGUCGUCUGUUGAGAUUGGCCAGUUCUCUUCCUGCUCCCAUCGCUUCAGCAAGGUUUACAGCAGCUCCGAAUACCUGGCCACUCACUCCAACCUCAGCCUCUCCUCCUCGGAACGGAGUCACAGUGAGGAGAAAGAGGACAGGACAGAGCGAUGGGACAGGAGCUCGGGAGAUGAGGACAAGAGCCGCCCCUUGGUCCCGGAGACCCGGCUGCGCUCAUGGACGUCCUGCAGCUCCACGCCGUACACCUCUCAGCACGAGCGCAGCCGCAGCCCCGCCGCCCUGACCAGCACCUACAGCCUGGACACCAUGCCCAAGUUCGCCUUCUCCUCAGAAGAUGAAAGCCCCUGCCUGGCUCCUUCCAAGGUGGAGAGACCCACGUUUGUGCUGGGAGAUCCCGACGCAGGGGGCCCAGUGAAGUCUUCGGCGUUAUCUGCUGAUCUUGUCAGCCUGAACCGCAUCCGCCUCCGGAGCAACAGCACCGGCACCAAGAAUUCCACUCCCCGGGGCUUGGAGCCAGGUAGCAGCCGCCGCCUGAACAGCCACAAGGACGUGUCGGACAAGCAGAGAGUCUCACCGGGCAGCCGAGUGCCCAAGUCUGCCUCUGUCUCAGCCCUGUCCCUCAUCAUCACCUCAGACGACUUGAGCAGCGGGGCCCUCAUGAGCCCCAUCUCCCCCCACUCGCUCUCUUCUAACCCAUCGUCCCGUGACUCGUCGCCAAGCCGAGACUCCUCCCUGGCCAUCACCAGCCUGCGGCCCCCCAUCCUCAUCCACAGCUCGGGCAAGAAGUACGGCUUCACGCUGCGCGCCAUCCGCGUGUACAUGGGCGACAGCGACGUGUACGCCGUGCACCACAUGGUGUGGAGCGUGGAAGAUGGGAGCCCGGCCCAGGAAGCGGGGCUGAGAGCGGGGGAUCUCAUCACGCAUGUGAACGGGGAGUCUGUGCUGGGCUUAGUGCACAGGGACGUGGUGGAGCUGCUGCUCAAGAGCGGCAAUAAAGUAGCCCUGCGAACCACCGCCCUGGAGAACACGUCCAUCAAAAUCGGCCCUGCUCGGAAAAACAGCUCCAAGACCAGGAUGGCACGAAGGAGUAAGAAGAGCAGGAAAAGGGACAACCAGGACAGGAGGAAAUCCCUUUUCAAGAAGAUCUCCAAGCAGUCGACAGUCCUGCACACCAGCCGCAGCUUCUCCUCCGGCCUCCACCACUCGCUGUCGUCAAGCGAGAGCCUCCCGGAGUCACCCACGCACAGCCUGUCCCCCGGCCCCACGACGCCGUGCCGCAGCCCCGCGCCAGACCAGCCCCAAGAUGCAGCGUCCCCGCAGAGCACCUCUCCCUCCUCCAGCACCCCCAGCUCUCCGGCCGGCCACGUGCGCCCCAGCUCCCUGCACGGGCUGGCGCCCAAGCUCGGCGGGCAGCGCUACAAGGGCAAGACUCUGUCCCCCCCCACCAUCGUCAGGCACGGCUCUCGGCCGCGCAGCGCCGAGUGCCCCAGGUCCCCUCUGCUAAAGCGAGUGCAGUCGGCGGAGAAGAUGGCAACCUACCUGGCGGAGAAGAAGAGCAUGGGCGGCCGCAAGCUGGGACUGGAGCUGCCUCCGGCGGACAGGACAGGAGAGGCUUGGGGAGAGAGCGAGGUGCCCGCACCGGCGUUUGCUGGCGAGCACGGCUACGUGGGGGCGUCCCGCAUGCGCGAGUGGCUGGGGGACAGGCACGACCAAGAGGUGGUUGUCAUGAGGAGGCUGAACCUCUCGGAGCGCCGGGACUCCUUCAAGAAGCAGGAGGCGGUUCAAGAAGUGAGUUUUGACGAGCCCGAGCUGGUGUCGGUAAGCAAAGAGGGCGCCGAGGUCGAGGCCAGGCCGGAGGAGCCGCAGCGCCGGAGCCUCCACACAGCCUCCUGGGCCGAGGCCGGGCCGAGCUCAUCCCGCUGGAGCAAGCGGGAUCCCACAGCAGAGCCCAAGCCUGUGCCGCAGAUCGCGGUGCAGGGAUCGGAGAGCGACGAGCAGGAGCUCGGCGCGGCCGAGUGGGAAUGCCAGGGCUCCUACCCCCUCCAGCUGCUGGGCAGGCUCCACACGGAGCCCACGGACGGCGCCGUGGAGCGCGGGAGCGCCCGGCGGGAGCCCUCGCGCCGGACGUGCGGGGAGGCCCUGGCAAGGAAGGAGGAGGAACAGGAGGCCGCGGCGUCGCCCGCACUCCAAGAAGCCCUUCCCGGAGGCCGGCGCGCCCAGCCGCUCUUUCCCAUCCGCGGCGCCGCUCCCAAGUGCGGGAUUAUGUUCGUCUCCUUCUCCCUGUGCUCCAUCGUUUGGCUGAAUCGUGGCUUCAAGCUCAGGAAAAGGGGCUGCACUUAA